AUAUAUGGUCUGUCUGGCAGUCUCUCGACCGCGGCUAUAUCCACCCGGCAAAAAGUGGACACGAGACAUCAGUGUGCUCCGGAGAUAAGUAGGAGAACAACAGCAAAUACUUAGACUUCCACAACCAUGCCGUCAGACUUGGCCAAAAAGAAGGCAGCGAAGAAGAAGGAGGCCGCCAAAGCACGCCAGCGCACCAAGAAAUCUGAUGAAUUAAACGGAGAGGGCGACCAACCAGAGAGCCAGGAAAACGGAGCACAUAGCAAUGGUGAUAAUGGUGUUGUCAGUUUGACAAAGGAGUUGGAUGAGUUUGAGCUGCGUAAGACGGAGGCACGGGCAGUGACCGGCGUCCUCGCAUCCCACCCCAACAGCACUGAUGUCCACAUCAGCAGCCUGUCGCUUACAUUUCAUGGUCAAGAGCUGCUAGCAGACACCAGCCUGGAGCUCAACUCAGGCAGACGCUAUGGCCUCAUCGGCCUCAACGGCACAGGGAAGUCCAUGCUGUUGUCAGCCAUUGGGCAUCGUGAAAUCCCCAUUCCUGAGCACAUAGAUAUUUACCACUUGACCCGGGAGAUGGCCCCCAGUGACAAGACGGCUCUGCAGUGUGUCAUGGAAGUGGAUGAGGAGAGAAUAAUGCUGGAGAAAGAGGCAGAGAGACUAGCCCACGAAGACUCCGAGUGUGAGAAGUUGAUGGAGCUGUACGAGCGUCUGGAGGAGUUGGAUGCAGACAAGGCACAGGUGCGAGCCUCUCGGAUCCUUCACGGUUUGGGUUUCAGCGCUGCUAUGCAGCAGAAGAAGCUCAAGGACUUCAGUGGAGGAUGGAGGAUGCGUGUUGCUCUAGCCAGAGCUCUCUUUAUCAAGCCCUUCAUGUUGUUGCUGGAUGAGCCGACCAACCACCUGGACCUGGAUGCUUGUGUGUGGCUGGAAGAGGAGCUCAAGUCGUUCAAACGAAUCCUCGUGCUCAUCUCGCACUCGCAAGACUUCCUCAACGGCGUUUGCACCAACAUCAUCCACCUGCAUCAGAGAAAACUAAAGUAUUACACGGGUAACUACGACCAGUAUGUGAAGACCAGAGCUGAGCUGGAAGAGAACCAGAUGAAGAGGUUCAACUGGGAGCAGGACCAGAUGGCCCACAUGAAGAAUUACAUCGCCAGGUUUGGUCACGGCUCUGCAAAGUUGGCCCGGCAAGCGCAGAGCAAAGAGAAGACGCUGCAGAAGAUGGUGGCGUCUGGCUUGACUGAAAAAGUUGUAAAUGACAAGACGCUGUCAUUUUAUUUUCCUCCCUGUGGGAAGAUUCCUCCUCCUGUUAUCAUGGUUCAGAACGUGAGCUUCAAGUACAGCGACAACACGCCGCACAUAUAUAAAAACCUGGAGUUUGGUAUCGAUUUGGAUACUCGAGUGGCUCUGGUGGGCCCGAACGGAGCAGGGAAGUCCACGCUGCUGAAGCUGCUUAUGGGAGAGCUCCUUCCCACCGACGGCAUGAUCCGCAAACAUUCUCACGUAAAGAUCGGCAGGUACCACCAGCAUCUGACGGAGCAGCUGGAGCUGGACCUGUCUCCUCUGGAGUACAUGAUGAAGUGCUUCCCUGAGAUCAAAGAAAAGGAGGAGAUGAGGAAGAUCAUCGGUCGUUACGGUCUGACAGGAAAGCAGCAGGUCAGCCCCAUCAGAAACUUGUCUGACGGUCAGAAGUGCCGAGUUUGUUUUGCCUGGCUGGCCUGGCAGAACCCCCACAUGCUGUUCCUCGAUGAGCCCACCAACCACCUGGACAUUGAGACCAUCGACGCGCUGGCAGAUGCCAUCAACGAGUUUGACGGGGGGAUGAUGCUUGUUAGCCACGACUUCAGACUCAUUCAGCAGGUGGCUCAGGAAAUCUGGGUCUGUGAGAAACAAACCAUCACAAAGUGGAAAAGUGACAUUCUGGGGUACAAGGAGCAUCUGAAGACCAAGAUUGAGAAGCAGCAGGUGCACGCCAUCUGAAGGAUGAGAGCGAACUGAAACAUUCUUAUGCAUCUUAUUGGACUGGUCUCUCGUACGUGUCAUACCACGUUUCCAUUUGACGGCGUUGAUCGAAGCCCCGCCCUCAUCAGGAGGCUGUGCUCUGAUUGGCUGGUUCACCUGGAAUGCAUUCCAUUGUGCUGUCCUCAAAGCAAGGUUUUCAGUUUUUAUGUCAUCCUGCACACAGCAGCAGCUUUUAGGUCAUGUUUUAUAUUUAAAAGUUGACUUUAUUUCCCUUCCUCUGGUGUAAAACAGCAGUUCUGCCUUAUUUAACAAUGUAAUGCAAUAAAGUUUGUCUGAAUACACGGAACAAUAAAGACAGCAGAAUCAAA